AUGGAUUCCAUGGAACUGGAACGGCAACGGGGCAUCACAAUCAAGUCUGCAUCCACGUACACCUCUUGGCGAGGUCACACCAUCAACCUUAUCGACACGCCCGGUCAUGUGGACUUCACUGUGGAGGUGGAAAGGGCGCUACGUGUGCUAGACGGCGCCAUCCUCGUCCUCUGUGCGGUUGGCGGAGUUCAGAGUCAAACCUUGACUGUGGACAGGCAGAUGAAACGCUAUCGUGUACCCAAGGUGGCUUUCAUAAACAAAAUCGAUCGUCUUGGCUCAAACCCACAGAAGGUACUCAAGCAGAUGCAGUAAGUGUUGACUUUUUGCAUGCUCUCUUAAAUAUUUUAGUCAGUGACGCGCCAGACGGAACUGGCUCACGCCUCGAUUCGAUGUGUUUUACUUGUUUUUCAAGCAUUCAGUUGACAGAAAUCUCAUGGAGCCAAUAGUCCCAGACAAAAUGGCUUAUUUUAUCGCGCGAGUAAUUUUAUGUUCAUCAUUAAUUUACCGAGGUUCACUUGUUUUAGUUAUAUGACCAUGGGCAUAAUCUUGGGCAGAGACUUAAUAUAAUUGCCCAGCUUUAGCUGGCUUGACUAGCCCUGGAUAGAAAUUGAAAAUAUUACCAACCAAGGAGCCAAGCACCACUAAGGGGUACACAGGUUUUGGAAUUGGAGCAUCCAGUGCCUAAACCCUGUUUUUACUCAUACACAACUCGCGAAAUGUCCACCAAGAGGAGAUUGGUCUUCGGUAAAAAGAUGUACUAGAAGACUUUUUGAUAAAAUAAAUGCAUAGUCCCGUUUUUAGGCUUGGGAAAAGGCCAGUGCCCCUGAAUGGCUAUAUUCACUCCUUCAGGAAGUGCUCCUCAAAUUGUCUACGUGCAGUGUUUUGUCUGUGCGGUAUGCCACACCACUGCUUCACUUGGUGGUUACGAAGGGUUUGAUCAAUAAUGGUAGUUUCCUCUCGAAAUUUUUGUUGAAGAACCGGUGUGUCUGGGAAAUUUAUCUGCUAGAUGCCUUCCUUUGACGCCCGCGUUCUUGCAUUCUGUCGUCAGUCUCUGCUCACAUGCCGCCACCAUCAUCAUUAGGUGUUGGCGCGGAGUUGAAAUGGCAUCUGGCGAAGGCAGGAAGACUGGCUUGACAAUAAUUUGACCCAUUUUCCAUCAUUCACACUCUACCAAAUGCAGUCGAGCAUGUUCAGUGACAUGGUCACGACAUUUGUUUAUCUGGGCGUCCCGCUACACCGCAAGGCUCGGAUCUUUAGCCUUCGCAGGCGGUGACCGCCGAACGACGAGCGAUUAAUAGUCAUGGUGUAGGGUGUUGCAGAACUCCAAAACCCCACGACCUCGGUAUAGCAGACUUAAACGGGGUCAACCACAUGUGUAGCGCGCAAGAUAUGGAGACUUUUUGCCACAUCGGCCACUACUUAUUAGUGCAUUUCCAACCGGCUUGAUCCAUUCUAGCCGCUGAUGCACAACGUGAGACCGAAGAAGAGGUGGGACUGACUCGGUUUCCCUAAAAUAAAUCCGAAGGGCUUCGAAACUAUUACGGCCCGUUACAAAUUGUGGUUUGGAAAUUUGCCGACAGGAACGAUAACGCAGUUUUCCUGCGAACUGAAGGUCAGAUUGCAAUGAUUUCUUAAAUCUGCCCAACGACCUCUCGAUGAUAUAGCAUCGGAGCCAACGCCCUUGACCACGGUGGGUGUGGGAAGGGGGGAGGGCGGGAGGAGAGACAGGAACCCUUCGUAAGCCGUUCACAAUCAUCCGCCCUUGCGCAAGUUGUCGUUACUCCACCGGGACGGGGGCGCUUCUCAUCGACUUCGGCGGACUAACUGUUGCAUCGCAGAACUUCCGGCUUUCUUUGUCCUACAAGUCAUGUCGUUCAGUUUGCCUAGAAGUACCCACAAAUGCUCCAGGUUUUACCGGUGUAACCAGCGUUCUUUCUGUCAACUUUUCAGGGAUAAAUUACGUUACACUACUGCCUUUGUAAACAUCCCCAUUGGACUAGAGUCGAAGAACGUCGGCAUCAUCGAUCUUCUGGAGGAGAAGGCUCUCUACUUUGACGAACCUCAAGGGUGAGUUCUAUGUGUCAGUUUUUUUGCAUUUGAUUUUAUGCCUUCGAUGCACCAAGUAACGUUACUCACUGUCUGCUAUGUUGUAUCCUAGGCCUUGUAAUAAUGAGCGUAAAUAUUAUAUCUAGCAUUAUUUGGCCUUAUUCUAAAUACCAGACGGCCAAUAGAAAUGAUUCCAGGGUUGUGGGACUCAGAAAAGACGGGACCUGCCGGUUAGACUAACUGUGGCUUACCUUGCGCGUCCACAGGUGACACAUAGUGAUGGGGUAGUGGAUAGAGUCACACAGUGUCUAAUACAGAACAUAAAACCAUUCCUCCAUCAAGCCACACGAGAAAACCGCUGUUUUGCGGCCAACGACGCCAAAGUGAUGUUGAGAGAUUUGCGCUGGCACCGAAUCGCAAAAAAUCCGAAUUUUACUUGACAGCCUUUGCCACUGCAUCUCUUAGGAGGGAGACGCUUGAAACGUGACGCAUAAUUUUAAUUAACGCAACAUGUCUACUUACUUCAUCAGCGUAGGCAUGCCGUAUUAGGGUUAAAAUUGCGGUUAAAGCUUGGGUAGAUGGCAACAUUUAGGGUUAAGGUUGGGUUAAAAACGAGGGCUAGCGCUAAGUUUGCCUGUCGCAUAUCGUCUUGCCCAAUCCAGCCUUCUUUAAUCAACAGCAUGGAUUGCCUGUUUUUUGUCGAUUUGAGCGUCCUUGGUUCGCCUCUUUCAAAUUGUGCGUUCUGCUCUGGCAGAAAUGCGAAUUUCCUCAUUGCCAUCCACAGAUUGCACUAAUUAUCGCGUCUAUCUGCCCCGCUGAUAAAGCUGAUAUUCACAACCCGUAUUACAGGAGUCGCUGUGCGCAAUUUCCUCAGUGGGGCUGCAUAUUCAAUUCUUGUUAGUAAAAGUUCUCAAGACAGUGAGGAUCCUCUGUUUCAUGUUUCACUCGUUAGCAGAAAACUGACUCCUGGCCACCAACGCGUCUAUUUGCACUACCCUUGUGGGACCAGCACACGUCGACUUUCGUUAGACGGCGUAGGAACUGCUGCCUCUCUAAGGUCGCCAUCCGCACCAGACCGUCUACAGCGGUCGCUUCUCUACUCUCUGAGCUGAUGUCAAUGCUGAUAAUGCACCAAACGGUCUACAGGUGAAACAACAAACCGAAAUAAUAGGAUCGUGCUGGUACCUGCUUAAGUAGGUAUAGUAGGUAUUCUUUCGAGGCCGCAGAUGCUUGGGGGCCUUUACUCGAUCCUUACCGCAACUUGCAUUUGCCCAUAAUGAUGAGCACCAUAAUGUUCGAUACAGUGAGAAAAGUCCAAUACGGACUCGAUUCGCCGUCUAAGCAUCCUCUCCGGUCACUGUAGUUAACGCGAUGGCUGUGCAGCAGACUUUACUUGCACCCGUUAACUCUGGCCACUAUUCUUUUGCUGCCUCUCAGCCUCGUCGUGCGGACGGAGGACAUUCCCAAGGAGAUGGCCUUCGAAGCUCGGGAUCGUCGGGCAGAAUUAAUCGGUGAGUACUUGUACUUUAUGCGCCUCAUACCAUUUCCAACAUUCACCUACUUUUUUGUGGCGGGCUCGGAUAAGUUUUCCAAAGCUGCGGAGAAUAUUUUCCACAAGCACACGUAAGCGUCAGAAUAAUUGACAGCCCAUAUCUCGGUUUAAGACAUACGAUUCUUUAUCAAUAAGGUUUUUGUUAAUUCACUUGCACUCUCUGAACUAGACUGCCAUAAAAUUGACCAUGCUGUCAGAAGUGUGACUCAUUUUUUCCGACUCCGUCUGGUGACUGUUUGUCUCCACGGUUCUGGUUAGUAGUUCUAAUGCAUAACGGUACAUGUGUUUCCUAAUCGUCUAUUUUUCUAAUUCGCAACCAUACUACCUCGACUGUUUUGUGAGCGCUACCAUCCCCUUCCCGUGCUGUUUAGAUGAUAUGUCCAACGAAGGUUUUUAUUGCGGUCUCAAGCCUUACCUGUGCCUGUUCAUGAUACCUCUUUUUUGCCCCCAAACCACGCGCGCUGGCUAGAGUGUCUGGCAAACGCAGAUGAGGCGAUCGGCGAGGCCUACCUAGCCGAGCAGCCGAUCACGCUGGACCUCUUAAAAGCCGGUAUACGGAGAGCCACCCUGCAGCACCGAUUUACGCCAGUGCUGGUGGGUACUGCGCUGAAAAACAGGGGUGUUCAGCCGCUGCUGGAUGCUGUCGUGGAUUACCUGCCCAACCCCACGGAGAUCCCACACUUUGCUCUGGACGAGAGCGGAGAGUAAGUAUCCUCCCCCCUCCUUUUAGGAAUUAGUGCAGCCUCCGUCUGCAGUGUCCUCAAGAGCUCAUGAACAGUUUGCUGAAACCUGCAAAUAUUCAUUCCGAUAAAGCAAAUUGUUUAAAUGAGGUUGCUUUACUGACAGGCCAGGAGCGUAACCACAAGUUUGCAUGUAUAUGAUAGUAUGCUAGCCUUCUGUUGAGAAUAUCCCUUGCCAUAAGCCUUAACUUCACCUAAAAAUCUUCGGUGCUUAAAAACGGAGCCUUCUCACAGGAAUUCUCGACAAUAGUUUCCUACGAUUGUGCCCGUCUAUGUUAGUUUGUUAUAUUUUAUUUUGCAGAAAAUUGGCUCUUCUUGAAAUAUAGCGCAUAAGGGGAAGGCACGCCCCGUUUUAUAAAAGGCGUUCGGACGAGUUUCUGGGUAGUCGAAUGUUUAUUGAACUCAUUCAUAAGGUGUGCACUGUAAAAAAGAUGUUUUCCAAUAUUUGAAGUGCAUCGAAGGUCUCUUCUCGCAUAAAUAGGGGGGAAUAUGGAAUUUUCUCUAAAAGAAAAUACCACGUAGUGUAAAAACCUUUAGAGCAAAUAAAAACGCAAUUUUUUAUGAAAAUAUGCACAAACUGUUCCAUGCGGUCAAAUGGCGUCUUUCAAGGAGGUUUCUCUUUCCUGCAAGAGUGUGGAAAUAAUAAUUAUAUACUCUUUUUCUGGAAAGUAUAGUCGCAUUCACUUGAACAUCAAGACUCACCGAAGUAGUGAUUCUUGCCUGGCGUGACGAGUGUUAGUGUGUAGAAAUAUUUUUGAUGGAACACCAACCGACUAUCAUGUACAAAAUCACUGUAAAUAGGACUCCUUGUCGGUCACUGUUACCAUUUCUUCCUAGCGAUAUUCUCCACGGGCUUUUCAAUGGAGGGGCUUUUUAAAUGUCGUAUUAACUUCGGCCCCUGCUGUGUUCGCAGUUUUUUGUUUCCAACUUGUUUUUUUUUUAAUUUCGGAUUUAAAUCAUGUCAUCUUUCUUAGCCAUUUUUCACUUUCUCUACGUUUCCAACCAGGAAAGUCCAAAAAGUUCCCCUGGACUUGUCGCGUGACUCAAACAGCCCCUUCCUCGGUCUUGCGUUCAAAUUAGAGGUAAGUCUCGUCUUCCAACAACGCUCAUAACAGAUACCAUAAGUCCACUGCGUCCACUUUAAACGAUGGAAUGUAUUCCGCGUUCUCCGUUCGAUUCGUCGACGUCUCGGUCAAUGCAGUUGCCAUGACGUUUGUAACUCGUGCUUAAUGGUCGGUCGGCCAACUGGGGAGUAUGAAAGAAGGAACCGCACGGAUUCAUUCCUGUUCCUUGCUGGUGCCCCACCUGGCAUGUUAACCUCUGCUACGCAGUACCCCCAACACAAAUCAGAUUUUCCCGACCCGUCUCCGUUUCUCCUCAGUAUCCAUGGCUUUGGCAGGAGUGGUGUUCUCUGCUGUGUUUGAUCGUUGACCCCAAAUGAUCGUCUUACCCUAUCGACAUAAUAAUCAGACGAUAGCUGGACCGUCACCGGCGACGACGUCAACUACUGUCCCAUGAUGUGGACACGGUCGUGCAUUACCCGUGACUUUGUUUAUAGUAAGGCAGACUUGCUCUGUAUCUACCUUGCUCUCUCUUUCCACACUCACCGCAUUCCGAUGGCAAAACAAAAUCUUGGAGGUUGGAGGUUAGCACGGGCGCACUGACUGACAGGGUUAAACAAUCCAUGUAUGCAUUUUGCGUAAGACCUGAUCCCGAACUCAACGCUUACUAGGCUUUAUUAAUGAGGAGGGUUCGGAACUCACAUGAAUAAUGGUGCCAUACGAGCCAGACGGCUGACGUGAAUUCACCGCCUAACGCGCGCCACUCGCGCUGGGGCGGGGCCGUUGCAGUCUCAUCCUCGUUCCAAGGGAGGACCAAAUUAUUCCGUUAUUGGAUACUCUUCGGCCUUAUGAUCUGGGGUCACAGUUAGUAGGAAUUGUUAGUCUUACUAUCAGGGUGUUUGGAUUAGCGGUAGAAGUCGGGCCUCUGACCGAUCUUUAUGGCUUGCUAUAAGCAUUAGCCUUGGCGUUAGUUGUUUGGGCAGCAUUAAGUGUUAGCCGUUAGAGUUUGGUUUAUGGAAGGUCCACCAUGGAGUGUGAUCCUCCAGCUUCGCCUAGGUCUCUGUCAUUGGCAUACUGCCAAUAUGCUGUUGGCACACUACAGGCGCCGUCAACUCGUCCAUUGCUGGACUUAUCAACAAUACCUCUAUCUUAUUGCGACCUACAAAAAUUCGUCUUUCAUAUACUACGUAAUCCACUUAGGCCUUACUUUUAGCCGAGGUUGUUAUCACGCUAUAAGCAUAAAUUAAAGUAACCAUUAAUGUAAGAAUACAAAUACGCAGCUUAUCCCGCGUUUCGCGUCGAUUCUCGGUCAUCGAUCGAAGACUGCGACUAUACGCUUGCCGCUGUACAUGGCAACGACGUGUUAAAAGAUGGGCGCCCAACUGUUUGCGAACGCAGUUCUGUCCAGUUUGGCCUCAAUGUACGACCAAACGGCUUUGGACUUCAAAUAAAUAAUGUUGCGGUCCGUGUGAUAGGCCGCUUUUUAAGCCAUGGUCGUGUUGGGAAGAGGUUUUUUGGUGAAUUCAAACUAGCUCCUAGCGGGUUAUCUGUGUAUUUUGUUAGUGCUCACCGACAACGUUCAAACUUAACUCCUUCUGAUAUUCCCAUCCGUCAAUUCCCAAUUCCAUAAUUCUGACAAACUGGGCAGUUCGGGUAAACACUUGCUGUGAGGCACCAGGAGCCAUCGUCAAUAACGACGAUCGAACUGCCAUGACAUGGGGGGAAAAAUGUACUCGAAAGGAACUAGAGCGCUGGUGCAAGCAAACCCAUUCUGAGGCUGGCAUACCUAUUUAUUGAGACAGACCUUAGGAAAUAUGAAAAUAACAGUCGCAAACACCGGGAUUUGCGUGAGAGUAUUUUACCUCUGAGCUAUUGCAGCCACAUCCGCCAGUUGAGCUAACUAAACUACUAAGUAUACCGUGUUUUUCUGUUUUUGCGCUGUCUUUUAGGCCAGUCGCUAUGGUCAGCUGACUUACACCCGUGUCUAUCAGGGCUGUCUGAGGCGCGGUGAUAGCCUGAAGAACACGCGUACGGGCAGACGACUACGUGUCCCCCGGCUCGGUCGCAUGAACGUGGACACCUUCGAGGAUCUGGAUGCGGUCUACGCGGGCGAUAUUGCUGCCCUCUUCGGCGUCGAUUGUUCCUCCGGGGACACCCUAGUGGCUGUCAAUUCGCCCAUGGAAAAGUGCUCAAUGGUAGGUCGCCACCAACCAACUUUGGAAUUUGACUAAGAUUUGUAGAUUCCUUGAGCGUCCGUCGAGUUACUCACAGGGUCUAGUUGUUUGCACAAGUCAGGUGUCUUCCACCGCAUGUAGGCAAUGCCCCCGUUGUUUGAGCCCAGACGAGUAGGUGGAAGGCUCGCUUGGGGUCGACAGAAUGACCGCCAUCAAGGAGGCUUUUUAUGAUAGAAGGACGGACAUUUUAUUUCCCUGCCUUAAAAGCCAUUUAGGCAAGUGCUCAACUGACCUGGCAGCCUUUGCAUCCUCCAGACUUUGUCUGACACCUCAUAGUAUAAAUCUAUACCCACAGGUCUUGGGGAAAUUCAGUUCAUGUUCGUUACGCGCGCUAAGAUACCGCCUGCUCCGUCAUCUUUUUAGGGAACUGAAUAUUCUCUUUUGAUCGGACAUACCAUGCCGGUUUUUAUCUUUUUUUCAGGAAUCAAUGUUCAUUCCUGAGUCGGUCGUCUCCAUGUCCAUCACACCAGUGGACAAACACAACAUCGACUCCUUCAGCAAAGGCCUUGCUCGCUUCACCAAAGAGGACCCGACAUUUCGGCUGAAACAUGACGUUGAGAGUGGACAGGCUCUUGUCUCCGGUAUGGGUGAACUUCAUCUGGAAAUCUAUGCUCAACGUUUGGCCCGCGAGUACAAUGCGCCUUGUAUUCUUGGCAAGCCCAAGGUAGCCUUCCGCGAGACUCUUCUCGAACCAGUGGAGUAAGUUGUAGGCUACGUCAUCUAUCCGAAGUAACCAUUGCCUUAAUUCUUGGAUGGAAGCGGGUCCUAGGUAACAGGCGCUUGUGACCGAAUAGACCCAUGCGAUAGCUACAUGACGUCUGGUGUAUGUUGGUGCUCCAGGCAUUGGUUUGCGAGUCUCUGUGCGAUGGAUUCGCAAGUGACCGACCUGGCCGAUGCGUGAGGUGAACGCGCGGUAACAGUGUAGGUAGGAUAUGUUGGGCCGGUUGUCGUUUUGGCACUGCUAGCGGUGGCCGCGCUAAUCGAUGGGGAUUUUUUUGGGCUGGGGAUGGGAGGAGUGGUGGAUAUGAAAGGUGUGUUAGGCAAUUUGAUUUGCUCCGUAGAUUGCUACGCCAGUCUUCACUACUCUUCCAGGCCGGCCUGUCCUGUGCGAGGUCUUCCCAGGAUUUUGGGUUGAUUUGUAAACACCUCAAAGAAUUCGUUAGGGUAUCCUUAUAGCUGCGUGUUUGUCCUCAUUGUCGACGAGCACCUUUGGCAACAUCGUUGAAGAGUCGCUUGGGUAAGCGCGCCUCGUCCAUCCUCAUGAGGUGGCCGCCCCAGUUGCAGUUGCCUCAGCAUGACGUGGAUGCUGAGGAUUCCGGCCGUUCCAGGACUUCCGCGUCCAGGAUUCCGUCCCGCCACCUCAGCUUUAAUGUGCGACAGAGGCAGCGAAGGUGAAAUUGGUUGAGUUUUCACGCUUGCUCCCUGUAUACUGUCCGGGUCUCCGCACCAUACGGCAACGUCGUCAAGAUGGCAGUCUGGUGUUAAGGCGGAGACCGUGACGCAUCCAUACGGAGUUCUGCAGCCGGCCGGAGGCUUGACUAGCCUUGAAGAUCCAGUGGGUCACUUUGCUCUCGAUUUCGAUGCAGCGUGAGAGUCUGCUGCGUAAGAGGGCGAAGUUGUCCAUGGUCUUCAGUUGGGUUCCGUUUACGUGGAUGCGAGGAACACAGUAUGCAGAGUUGGGUGGCGGUCGAUACUUAGUCACCGUUUUGUUCAUGUUGAUAGUCAGACGGAAGUUGGCGCAGCCGGAGGCCAAGAGGUUAACGCUCCGCUGUAUUCAAUCCAGUUCAGUUUAUUUGAGGGAAAGUAGGUGUGUAACUUUGAAAUCCCUAUUUGUUUCAUGCAGAGGGACUAGCGAAAAAAAUUGGAAAUGGAGUAACACCAAAGAACUACAAAGAAAAUUUCAAAGCUGUACGGGCACUGCCUAGCAGGUAUCCCUGUAGACCCCUCGGCUUUCCGUAAUUGUCAUGGAGUCCAUCCGACUGCCCUGCUGAUAGCGUCCUAAGCCCUGCUGGUACGCACAGCGGUACCUUCUGACGAUACCGCCAGUUACUAUUACUGCCCUUUUGUGCAAACCUUACUUUUUCUAAUUCAUUCAGAGUUAAGCUGUGCUUAAGGGCCGAGCUAUAUUGGCAACUCAAGUAGUAAUUUGAUCGUUUGUUCCUCCACUUAACCGUCCAGUUAGUUUAAUUUCAAUGUGACUUUUUUUUACUGCGUUCGAGCCAGUAAUAUCCGCGCCGAAACUGAAUUAUCCAAUAUUUUUCCUCCCCCGCCAGGUUUGACUACUUGCACAAAAAGCAGUCUGGUGGCGCCGGGCAAUUCGGCCGUGUAACAGGUAUCCUCGAGCCCCUGCCAUCGGAGAUCAAUACCCAGGUACUCUUCUCCGACGAAACUGUGGGGACAAAUAUCCCCAAAAACUACGUCCCCGCCAUCGAGACCGGCUUCCGCAACAUCUGCGAAAAAGGCGGUUGUCUAUGUGGCGCCAAAGUGGUUGGCGUGCGUUUUCGCCUGCAAGACGGUGCUCAUCACUCUGUGGACAGCAGUGAUUGGGCAUUCCAGCUAGCCGCCGAGGGCGCCGUGAAACAGGGUGAGAGGCCAUUUGAAGUCCUUGCGAUCGAUCAGAGGGAUCCUGUUAGCUGUGCACUCUGUCCUUAUGCGUGAUUCUAUUUCUCUCUCCACCUGCCCUCCAUCGUUUUAUAUAAAGGAUUGAUGUGAUUGUAUAGCCUUCCUUGUCGCAUUGCCUUUUAGCCUUUGAACGUGGCAAAUGGGCCAUCCUAGAACCGGUUAUGUUGGUUGAGUGCUCAGCUCCCAUCGAGUUUCACGGGCAAUUGCUGAGCUCAGUUACACGUCGGAACGGUGUUAUCAUCGACACGGACUUGAGCGAUAGCUAUGCCAGAGUCGUAGCCGAAGUAAGUUUUUGAUGUAUAACCCCACUAAGACCUGCGCCACAGUCAACUUUGUUUUUCCACUUUCCUCGUAAACAUAUUCUAAUGUUCUGCAACUACUCAAAACUUUCGACAAUGCCUGUAGAGCAUGCUGCUAUUUUGCCUCCUGCGGCAGUCAUGGGUAAUUUCCGUUUUGAGGCCCUCGGUUAAUGGGGACCCUCCUCUCGCGGAAAGUUUCUAGCAUUGUGUGACUGCCCACGGUAUUGCGCUUCCUUCCAACUUAAUUGUCACGGCUCCAGUCGGCCUUCUUCUAUGCCACUGGACGUUAUCGUGCUUUGUUGUUGUUGGCCUAUGACUCCGAGCGGCCAGAGGGCCGUUGACAUCAUGGUUCACAGGGGGUUGUUGCCUUGCGAGGAUAUGGUUUCCCAUAGCUAUUUCAUCACCAAAGAACGCGAUUGAGUCCUCUGUCAGCCGCGGGUUGCCUGGAACGCUGUAUGGUUUUCUGCAAUUAUUUCAUUCGAAAAAGAACGUUUCUGUUCAUCCACCGUCCCCCCCCCCUCCUUCUCCUCCUCCCGCAACCACACCAAUUUGAGGUUCCAGGAUGCCGCCAUUCAUGGACCGUUAUAGGUGCUUGCAGUGUGCUGUGGCGCAUCGAUAAUGGGCCGUGACUAAAGCGCGACACCUUUGUUUUGCUGGUUCCAGGGCCUUAUUCUCCCCUCAUGCUCACUGGUGUUAUCUGCCGCUAAGUUUACUCUAUUGCACUGCUGAGUGACUGUAAGCUGGUUAUUUGCGGUGCUUGCCAGGUUGCCGGUAACCGAAUUGUCAUCGGCGUGAGUGAACAAUUGGGAAAAUUAGCUAUCGAAUACCAGUAAGGUCUUUUGGUAGUAAAGAGAUUAAGUCCACGACACCCCCCCAAGUCGUAGUACAUUGUUCAUCGAGACUCGCAAAGUACCGAACUAAAUCCCUUACCUUGCUUUCAGCUAGAAACUACUUCCUAAGUGGUGUCGAUACCGAUUAACGUGGGGUGGAACCUCAAGUUAGUUGAUACACAACCAUAUGCUGGCUUUUAGUUGUUAGUCUUUCAAUGCCUCCGUUUAGAUUGCAUCCACGAAGAAGGUACUACUUAAGUAGUGUCUGGUUCCACCCUGAUUCUUGGCGCCCGUAUAAAUCAGGCAAUAUUCCUCUAAAAGAUGAUACAAGCAUUUCGUUUUUAUACCCAUUCUUUACGAAUGUGCGCAUGCUUCCGACUUAUUGCUUGAAGGAGGAAAGUAUUCUGAUCUUCGAGGUUCUGUAAUUCAACCCAGCACCUUCCCCUGUUCCAUCGGUCUCCCAACCACCUAAUAUGCAUUACCUUAAAAACUAGGAAUUGCGUUUCGCACUAGUCAGAGGUGUAACUCCUUCAACAGUCUGAGACUCCGACCGUUGUCACCUGAGUUUCGACGCCCGCUGAAUGUCUCUCUCUCUCUCCAAAACAUUCACUCGCACCGGUUAGGAAACGGGAAUAGGAACAUCCCCACUUGCACAUGUGGCCUUGCACUAAAUACCAGGAAGAUUGGGGUUUGGCCGAGGUUAGGGAUAGGGCGAAGGUCAUUAUUGGAGUUACGGUUAAAUUUCGGGCAAUCGUUAGCGUUAGGACACGAGGAUAGGCACUCCUCCUGUACUUUAACACAAGGUCACCCCCAUUACGGGAGGUUCCUAUUCUCGUUUCUUACCAGCAACCAUUGCUUCCUACCUCUCUAACGUUCUCCCCUAUCCUUCUUUCAAGGUCCCCCUCAAUGAGAUGUUUGGGUAUGCAGGAGAGCUGCGAAGUCUGACCGAGGGCAAGGGUGAGUACUCAAUGGAGUACUCCAAGUACUGCCCCGCCCGUGCUGAGACCGCAGAGGCUGUAAUCGCGGAGGCGGAGGAACUUGCGUCGAAGGAGGACAGCAGUAGUUCUGCCAAGACCAAGAAGAAGAGGAAGAACUGA